GGAGCCGGAAGUCGGCGACCCAGCCGCUACGUCACCCUCCGCGGGUCGCAGCGCACCAUGCCCCGCGGCCCGUGCAGCCUCGUCAGGGUCUCCGCAACGCCCGUCGCGGCCCUGGCUGUGGCGCUGGUCUCGUCGCUCUCUCGCUGCUCCCUCCUGGAGCCGGAGGACAGUGUGGUCUCCGCGCUCAGCCCCUACUUCGGCACCAAGACUCGCUACGAGGAUGCCAACCCCGGGCUACUGCCGGACCCUGAAGCGCCGCGGCGGGACCCAGAGUUGUUAGAGGAGACCUGCACCCCAGUGCAACUGGUCGCCCUCAUCCGCCAUGGCACCCGCUACCCGACGACCAAACAGAUCCGCAAGCUGCGGCAGCUGCACGGGCUGCUGCAGGCCCGCGGGGCCAAGGAUGACCGGACCCGCGCUGCCGGCCGCGGAGACCUGGGCGCCGCGCUGGCCGACUGGCCGCUGUGGUACGCGGACUGGAUGGACGGGCAGCUGGUGGAGAAGGGGCGGCAGGACAUGCGACAGCUGGCCCUGCGCCUAGCCUCCCUUUUCCCAGCCCUCUUCAGCCAGGAGAACUACGGCCGCCUGCAGCUAGUCACCAGCUCCAAGCACCGCUGCGUGGACAGCGGCGCCGCCUUCCUGCAGGGGCUCUGGCAGCACUACCACCCGGGGUUACCGGCCCCCGACGUCGCAGAUAUGGAGUGUGGACCUCCAAGAAUUAAUGAUAAAUUAAUGAGGUUCUUUGAUCAUUGUGAGAAGUUUUUAACUCAAGUGGAAAGGAAUGCUACUGCUCUUUAUCAUGUAGAAGCCUUCAAAACUGGACCAGAAAUGCAGAACAUUUUAAAAAAAGUUGCGGAUAUUUUGCAAGUGCCAGUCAACAACUUAAAUGCAGACUUAAUUCAAGUAGCUUUUUUCACCUGUUCCUUUGACCUGGCAAUUAAAGGUGUUAAAUCUCCUUGGUGUGAUGUUUUUGACAUAGAUGAUGCAAAGGUUUUAGAAUAUUUAAAUGAUCUGAAGCAAUAUUGGAAAAGAGGAUAUGGGUAUACUAUUAACAGUCGAUCCAGCUGCACCCUGUUUCAGGAUAUCUUUCAGCACUUGGACAAAGCAGUUAAGCAGAAACAACGUUCUCAGCCAGUUUCCUCUCCAGUCAUCCUCCAGUUUGGCCAUGCAGAGACCCUUCUUCCACUGCUUUCUCUUAUGGGCUACUUCAAAGACAAGGAACCCCUAACAGCUUACAAUUACAAAGAGCAGAUGCAUCGGAAGUUCCGAAGUGGUCACAUUGUACCCUAUGCUUCAAACCUGAUAUUUGUGCUUUACCAUUGUAAAAAUGCUAAGACUCCUAAAGAAGAAUUCCAAGUGCAGAUGUUACUGAAUGAAAAAGUGUUACCAUUGGCUCACUCACAAGAAACUGUUUCUUUGUAUGAAGAUCUGAAGAACCACUAUAAGGACAUCCUUCAGAGUUGUCAUACCAGUGAAGAAUGUAAACUACCAAAGGUGAACACAUCUGAUGAGCUAUGAGUAACUGCCAAACAUUUUUAAUUCAUCAGCAUUCUCCAGGGAGUGAUUCCAUGCUUGGAAUAGGUGGGCAGUCCCUGGGUACAGAAAGCUUUAACAUUUCUUGGGUAUUUCUGUUUAUUCAAAGAAAAAUGUUUCUUUUUGAGUCUGGACAUGGAUGUGUAAGGAAUGAUUCUUCACUGAAGCAGCUCUCUUAUGGGAAAUCUAUUCAGAGAUAACUGGCACUACAUAUGUUUACAGAAAUCAAAUUCUUCCUAUUUAUGUAAGAAAUCUCACACUGAGAUAGAACAUGAUUUGAAAAUGAUACACAGAAGUUUUGAAGUAACAAAAUAUUUUGUCAGUUGGACAGUCCAUAACUUGACUAAGUCUAGGAACUUUACAGGUUGUGCUGCCAUUCUUUCAUUUUUCCUCAGGUAGCAUAGUUCUAGUAUUAUCUUCUUAAUCAGAACUAUUAUGAUUCACUGGGAGUAUCACUUUGGAAUAAAUUAACAUCUCUAGUUGAGAAUUUGAAACAAUAUUAAGAAACAGUAAAAUUUAAAAGAACACCUUCACUGAAGGAAGACAAAGUAUAAUAUAAUAUCUUUGUUAAGAGUAUUUAUAAAGUAUUUGAACACGAUUUCAAUAAUUCCUUUUAACCUCUUAGUGAGUCUUGAAAGGCUGUGAUUUAAUUAUCAUACCUCUUUCACAUAUAUAACUGGAAGAACAGAGAGGACCAUUAGCAACAAGACAGAAAAUAGAAUCAAACUUAAAUCCAUUGCUUUAUGUGUUUUUUUGUGUUUUUUUUUUUUUACUUUAUGUGUUUUUAAAAAUUGUCACUUUGCUUGUAUUUGUAUAUUUUGCUGUUAUGUGAGAUAUAUCUUUUGAGGUUUAAUUUCAUGUUUGUUCUUCAUUUUUGUAAAGACUGACUUCAUAUGGGUGGGCUUUCAGAUUCACACAUGCUGCUGCUUAGUCACUCAAUCAUGUCCAACUCUGUGACCUUACGGACUGUAGCCCACCAGGCUCCUCUGUCCAUGGGAUUCUCCAGGCAAGAAUGCUGGAGUGGGUUGCCAUGCCCUUCUCCAGGGGCUCUUCCCAACCCAGGGAUUGAACCUGGGUCCUCCCACAUUACAGGCAGAUUCUUUACCAUCUGAGCCACAAGGGAAGCCCUUUCACAGAUAUGAACCCAUUUCAAAGCAAUAGUACUGAGUUCUAUCAAAUGCCAUAAAAGUAGUUUCUAUAGUAAUAAACAUAAUUCUUAUAACUUUACUACCAGGUUUUUUUCUGCUUUCCAUUUUGAUACACAAUCAAUAAUUGAUGGUAAAAGGAUAGCAUUUCAGGCAGCUUUGACUAAUCAGGUGAUAUAAAGACAUUUUCUUCCAAUAAAAAUUUCUGGGGAGGAAGGCUCAAGAGGAGAGUAAAUAUAUUUUUAUAUAUAUAUAUAUAUUUAUAUAUAUAUAUAAAAUUGUGGCUGAAUUGCAUUGUUGUAUGGCAGAAACCAACACAACAUUGUAAAGCAAUUUUCCUCCAAUUAAAGAAUAAAAAAUUUCUUAGGUUUUCACUUAUUAAGAAUGGAAAUCCAUUUUGUUCAAAAUCUAAAUAAAUUGUUACAACUGUAUAUUGAAAUUAUAAAAAGAUGCAUAGAUCAUUUAUCUAUAGAUCAUUGAUCUUCAAAUGAGUGAUGUUCACAGAAUAGAUGAUUAGCUGAUAAAUAUUACUGAUGCAUCAAUACACUGCUGAUUAUUCCUACAAAGAUCUGAUGUUAAUAAUUUUCUAAGAAUUUGUCUAAGGCAGACAAGAAGAGAACAGUAUAUUCAUGCCCAUCAUACUGUUUUAUCAAAAUUAACAUUAUAUCAUUUGGUUUAGAUCAAAUAAGAAUUGAAGACUUUUGUAUGUCUUCCUGAUGCUUUUCCCUCGCUGCCUGCCUGUUGGUAACCACCAACAUGAAGUUCAGUAUUCACCAUUCCACUGCAUGCUUGACUCUGAAAUUUUAUAGUAUUGUGGGAAUUUAAACUUUUCUAUAAAAAGGAAUUCACUGUGUAUAUCAUUCUUGAAUAAUUGAUUUAAUUGAUAUAUUUGUUUUUCAAGACUUUUGAUCAUUUAUCACAAAUCAACAAUAUCAGUUCAUGAGUCAUGUACUUUAUAUCUACAAACACUAGACUCAGACUGUGAGCAUGUUAAAGUUGAAUAAGCCUAGUUUUUCUUUCAAGGGGGUUAUCUUAAAAGACCUUACAACAAAUUUACUUGAUAUCUGGAACAUUAAAUAAUUUGAUUCAUGAAGUUUUCAUAGAAAUUGUUUAUUAUUUAUUUAUUUAUUUAUUGUUAAGUAAAACCAUAUAGUUAUCAUUGUAGUCUUUGGUAUGUAAACUAUUUCAGGAUAGAUGGUAAGUAUGGUCCAUUUUCAUUAAUGUUACAGAGGCUGUGACAUUAUUCUGGUGCUAUUAUUCUCACUUAGGAAAUGCCUGAAACUGAAGAAUCUUAUGAUAAAAGCAAAAGAUCUUAUCUCAGAUAGGAUAUAUAAAAAGUUGAAUGUUGAAAAAUAACCUUUGGCCACCAAGAUUUCGUUCAUGAUAUCAGUUAAGCCAAAAUGUAAUCACUAUCGGUUCUGAGAUUUUGGUCAAUUAAAAAAUAGCCUAUGAACAUUAGUCAUUUUUCUGUCUGUAGUCUACAACUUGAUGUGUGCAGUGUGUUUGUUUUUACUCUUUUUUUAUAGUCAUUUUAUCAUUUUGAAGUUUCUGUUCUCCAACACAAAAUCCUGCGCUUGAAACUGUCUUUGUAUAUAAUCUUGAUCUUAGUUUUAACACUGAAAGCAGAGUUCAACUUGAAAAGAAGCUUCAUUUUUUUCAGGCAAAAGUCAAAUUUUAUACCUUUGAGUGCUUUCUUUUGUAAACUGUGGAACUGAUGCAUGACUUUAAAUAUCUGGGAGCUACAUACAGCCAAACCAGAAUUUGUAAGUAUAAAUUUUUGGAAUGUAUUUCUUUAAGGUGGUAUUUCAUACAGUUCAUUAAUGAUCCUUGGAAUUUGGACUAUUCUGCCAAAUGUAAGCUGAAAAUAAAUAUUUGCAUUACAAUGUAA